UCAAGAUGUGGCUAUUCGAGACACUUCCAGUGUGCAUGUUCUCUGGGCGCUCCGAUUUCCUUAGGCAUUCCCAAAACACGUAUGACAGUUUGACUGAACACUAAAAUAGGGGGGGUCAAACAUUCGAAAGAAAUGCAUAUUCUUGUAGUUAUUUAUAGCAGAGUAUGGUAUAAUUUUAAUGGUCCGGCCCAUUUGACAUCUACCGGGGCUGUACGUGGCCCACAACGUGAAAUGAGUUUGACCCCCGUUCUAAAUUGUACCUCAGUGUGACUGUGAGUGCGAAGGGUUGUUUGUCUAUGUGUGCCCUGCCAUUGCCUGGCAACUUGUUCGAGUGUACUUCGCCUAAUGCCCGAAGACAGUUGGGGUAGGCUCCAACAUGCCCAUGACCCUCGUGAGGAUAAACAGAGUCUCUUUCUUUCUCUCUCAAUUUUGUACAUUUUACGCACGUACAUUGGGAAGAUCAAAACAAAUUGUUUAUCUCUACCCGGAAGCAUUUGAGUGUUGCGCCACACACUUUACAAUGGCAGCAUGUGUGAACGACGAUGACACUAAUGAGGAAAUCAAGGACCCCGGCGCGGCUCCGUAUGGAAACUUUAUCAAUUAUUACACUUUUAACCCACCGGAGAACAGAUUAAAUGUUAUUCCCAGAACACUUCUUCAGGAUUUAGGCUACAACGACCCCCGUCAAACAACAUUGCUGCUGGACGUGGGCUGUAACUCGGGGGAACUAAGUGUAGCCCUCUACAAGCAUCUGGUGGAGACGCAAGGUGGAACCAACGUUCACCUACUGGGCUUGGAUCUGGACGAGACCCUCAUCCGGCGAGCCCAGGAGAAUAACCCCCUCCAGGGCGGCGUCACCUUCGCCCUGUUGGACAUCACCGGUGACUGCGCACCGCUGCGGGAACACCUGGCCCAUCACGAGAGCUCCAGCUUUCACCUGACCCUGUGCCUGGCCGUCACCAUGUGGGUCCACCUGAACCACGGCGACGCCGGCCUGCUGCGGUUGCUCUCACGACUGGCCGAGCUUAGCCGGCAUCUUCUACUGGAGGCGCAGCCCUGGAAGUGCUACCGCUCGGCGGCCCGCAGGCUUAGGAAGCUUGGGCGCUCGGACUUUCACCAUUUCAAGAACCUUACAGUGCGCGGGGACGUGAGCGAACACGCCAGGCAGCAUUUGGAAAAACAUUGCAACAUGGAGAUGGUACGCUGCUUCGGCAGUACCGCGUGGGACAGGAAACUGUUGCUUUUUAAGCGGAAGUGAGAGACGCAACUGUACAGUUUUUCGAGUGGAAACACGCACUCACUGAAGUUAUUGUAAAUGCAAUUAAAAAAAAACAACAAUAACGAAAGUGUUUCUCAGUAGAAAAAAAUAGCACUACGCAGAAAGUUAAGGCUAAUAGUUGGUGCAUCUUGAUUCCAUGCAUUUUUUAACAAUAAAAACAAACUUACUGUAAUUGUAUUGGAAUUUUUCAAUGAGCCA